UGUUUGUCACAUGACUGAGCCGGGCGCCUCCUGCCUCCUCCUCAGUGCGCUCCUCCUCGCCGUCGGUGUGGUUCCUCAGUCCCGGCUGUUUCUCGGUGCAGGAGCCGCAGAAAGGCGCGCAGAUGGCGGACGCGGUCAGAGAGCUUCCCGCGCAGCACAGCGACUUCCAGGAACUGGAGGAGGACGAGGAGCUGUUCCCGGAGCAGGAGACAGAACCGGCCGGCGUGCCCUCUGAAGUCAUUGGCAGCAGCUCUAAUGGACCCAAACCGGUGUUGUUCGACGAUGACCCUGAUGACCUGUUUGCUGAGGCCACGGAGGAGGUUUCGUUGGACAGCCCCGAGCGGGAUGUCCUGCUGUCUGACGGCCCGUCACCCGCCAUCACCCCCAUCACCCCUCCCACCUCUGUCAUCACGCCUCGCAUUGGCCACGCCCACAAUGAUAUGUUCACGCACUCCUCCUUCGAUGAGAUCGAGGAGGACGAAGCGGCCGAUUCCUUCGACAUGCAGAUUCGGUGUCUGACCCCGAGAAGUCGGUAUUCCCGAACAUGUGGUACGGAUUUGGUGACGUGUGAAUUUGGUUCUUCAGGAAUGACGAAGGUGAAGGUGGGGAAGGAGGACCAGUCGUCUAACGAGUUUGUGGAAAAGAGGCGGUCGGCGCUGGAACGGUACCUGAUGAGGACAGUGAAGCAUCCCGUCCUGCUGAAGGAUCCAGACGUGCUGCAGUUCCUGGAGAGCUCCGAGUUGCCGCGGGCCGUUAGCACGCAGGCGCUGAGCAGCGCGGGGAUUCUGCGGAUGGUCAACAAGGCCGCUGACGCCGUCAACAAGAUGACCAUCAAGAUGAACGAGUCUGACGCUUGGUUUGAGGAGAAACAGCAGCAUUUUGAGAAUCUGGACAUCCAGCUGAGGAAACUUCACGCCAGCGUGGAGUCUCUGGUGUGUCACAGGAAAGAGCUCUCAGUGAACACGGCGCUGUUCGCCAAGUCGGCGGCCAUGUUGGGGAACAGCGAGGACCACACGGCUCUGUCCCGCGCGCUGUCACAGCUGGCCGAGGUGGAGGAGAAGAUCGACCAGCUCCACCAGGACCAGGCCAACGCCGACUUUUACCUCUUCUCUGAACUGCUGGGUGACUACGUUCGCCUCAUCACAGCCGUCAAGGGCGUGUUUGAUCACCGCGUGAAGACGUGGCAGAAGUGGCAGGACAGUCAGAUCCUCCUGCAGAAGAAACGAGAAGCUGAAGCUAAACUCCAGUGCACCAACAAACCCGACAAACUGCAGCAGGCCAAAGACGAGAUCAAAGAGGAGAUCGAGGAGCUGGAGGGAAAAGUCCAACAAGGAGAACGAGACUUUGAGCAAAUCUCCAAAACCAUCCGCAAAGAAGUCGGCAGGUUCGAGAACGAGAGAGUGAAGGACUUUAAAAACAUCAUCAUCAAAUACCUGGAGUCCCUCGUUCAGACACAACAGCAGCUGAUAAAAUAUUGGGAGGCCUUUUUACCCGAGGCCAAGGCCAUCUCAUAAAGACCACAUCCACCACGACGGGCUCCGGCCAGAUUACCCACAAUGCACCUGUCCUCCUGUUUACACUGAGAAGAGAGGGGGCGAAUCAGCAAAAAAAGGAAAAAAAAAACAAAAAACAAAAAGCUGUUUUUGUGGUGAUUCUGUUUCUGAACUUCGUGUUGCGUUCAAGUCCGCUAAGAAUAAAACCGAGCUUUUCCUAAUUUUUACAAACCCCACAAUGACAAAAAACAACAAACAAAACCAGACUCACAACUUAGCGUUCUUGUCAUGCUUACUGUCGACGGUACGCUAACGUCAGCGAUACGCGAGACCUUUGCCAUCUCCGUCCCCAGAUCCACCAACAGGCCUUCCGAAAACCCACAGCCAACAUUAUCACGUAGGACGGUCAUAUUUGAGCUAACAUUCACCGGUGUAGGCUCUGCUAGCCAUUCCCGCCACCACCACGUUAAUGCACCAAUAAAUGCCACCUGCACUGACAGUCAAUGUGAAGCUUUAAAAUCCAACCGUUUAUUGAAUCUAUUUAAAGUCAAGUUGUUCGAACCAAGAAAGCACUUCAGUACCUCCACCACGUGAUGGCACUCUAGCGCUGACAUCGUUUGAGUCCGUGUGACUUCAGGUCCAGGUUCACAUUAACGUGGGUGUGAUGGCAGCAAUAUCAAAGACCGUCAGAGCAAACGGAGACCUGGUCUUCAGAGGUCGAAUCAGAAGUCUCUUUUUCCCACAUCUCAGAAAAAGUAAAAUAUUUGCUGACGGAAUCUAAAGUUUGUGUUAGUUUGUAUCUGUGACAUAUAUAUAUAUAUAUAAAAAAAAAAAUCUAUGUGACCUUUUAAAUGUUGCAACAUGUUUUUUGUUUGUUUUCUUGCCUGUAUCUUGAGCGCUAACUGAGCUAGCACUUACACAAAAACUAAAACCGUCCAAAUCUACGAAAUGUAAGGUCAAAUGAUCACUUGGACAUGAGGGUUCAGUUAUUUAAUUGUUGCAAUUGUUUUGUUUUUAAAUACGCCUGGUGGGCAGAGCUUAGUGAAAUCAUUGACGUAAUUGUUUUUGCUUCGAUAACUAGAACAAAGACAUGCAACGUAAAUAUUGAGGUAGCAGAGUUACGUUUCACCAAAGUAAAGAUUUGACCUUUGACCCAGACCUUUCACAGUGACCUUCAGAAUUAAAGCCUUUUCUUUUUCCCAUACCAGUUCAUUAUUAUAAAAAUCCCCGUAAUUCUAGACAAGGGUCUCACACGUGCCUUCUAGCAAGCUCUAGCCUAGAUGUCGCUGAGUUUUUCUCUAUUCCAUUCUACCGAUGUGAUCGUAGAAACGACAGACUGAUGCCGUGGCAGCUUGUUUGUCACGAGGGUCUUGGUGGCUUCCUUCACUCGGUUUUUGAGGUCAGCCUGCUCGAGUCACAUGAAUCAAACCGUCACACUCCUUACGUGUCCUUAUGAUUAAAUGAACUCGGAGAAAAAUGCUACAUGUAAAAUCUUUUCCAGGAAGCGUUGGCGGAAUAGCGAGGCAGUGGCUCGGUUUCGGUCUCUCUAUUAGUUUGAUGGAGUUUUAAUUUGCUUACUCGUUCACUAAAAUGACCUCAUCGGCGUCUGAAUAUUUAUGGACUCUUUUUGGCGCAACUUUUAGUCAUGUGGUAACAGAUUCUGACACUCUGAUUGGAAGCAGAGUUUAUUAGUCUCCGCCCUCUUCGUUGUGUUAGCAGUUCCGUCUUUCCAUUUUUUAAUUUUAAAUUUUUGUGUGUGUGUGUGUGUGUGUGUGUGUGUGUGGCGGUAAACCGCCUGACUGUACGACCAGCUGUGGCGUUGUUUCAGGACGAGUUGACGUGUUGAGUCGCGUCACUGACUACGCCCUCUCAGGUGUUGCUGUAUGAUCGUCAGUGAAGGCAACACUUUCCCCUUCCGAACUCUUUGGACCAAUGAGGUUGCACAAUGCAGUUUAGAAGUCUCCGUGCUGGGCGGCGUCUUGUUUGUCCGGGCACUAUGAUGCAUACAUGUCUGUGAAGGACACCAUCGUGGAACCAAACACAAGCUCCGGUUUGGGUUCCUCACUCAAAACCAACAAAAUACCAUGCACAUCUCACCUUUGACCCUUGACCUUAUAUUAGCCACAACUGCAUGCUGGAGGUCAUCUGAUGUCUGCAUACUUCUGACUGGUUGAACAAAUCUGAUAAGUAGCUGUGAAUGGUGGAUAAGCAGGUGGGUAACCGCUAACCAGUUGGGGGGGCAAAAACAAGACGUACGGUUGCCUGUGGUUAUGAUCAGAUGGGAGGAGUGGUUCUGAUCUGGGUGUUUGGUGUUCAGCCUGGCUGAGUUCUGCUUCAUGAAACCCAACCAGAAAACGAAGUCUGUGUUGGACGCCAGCUUUGUCUUGAUACCACAGCGCCACCGUCUGGUAAACUCAUGUAACAGACUAGAAGAGCACUCAGAAAACCCUGAGCGCAGACCAGCGCUGAUUGUCAGAGCUGGAAGUCCAGAUAAAAAGGCGACUGCAUAGAAAUAAAAACAAUCCAGGAUCCACAUCUGCUGCUGGAACUUUUUUCUUUGAUCCCAGAGGGACCCGUCUGGCAAACGGGUGUCGUCCUGACAAAAAUAAAACUGGGCCAAAAACUUUAAUUUCCUUAAGAGUGAACACUAUGUCCAGCCGGUCCUGCAGGGGGCGCUGUUUCUUCAGUGAAUUGAUUUCAACCAGUUUGAUGAAGGUGAGUCAGACUGAAUUAGUUUCACAGCUGCAUGCGUGCUCAACGGCAACGUUUUAUUUUGAAGUAAAACGCCUUCACGGUGGAAGAGGUUAAUAUUUGUCCGGUAAAUUACAUCAGGCGAUGACUUUUAUUUUGAAGGGCUGUACCAAAAGACGCUUCCGUUAUUAAUUGUUCCAUAAUUAUCACUGAUGUAAUUUCUGUCUCAUUUAUUGAUAAAAAUCGGGAAUCUGUUGGAGAAGCUGUGAUGUCACAAAAUGUCUCUCACAAUAAAACUGGACUUUUUAAAAUCACUGUUAAUCCAAAACACUGUAAUAUGACAUUGUACCCCCCCUCCCCCGCCCGAUUUUAUUUAAUUUGUUGCCUAAUGAUGUGCAAUGUUUGAGAUUUUUUUAUCUUUUUUUUUCUGUGAAUGAACAAAUGCUUUUUCUGAUCAGAUUUUUUGUUUUUUAUUUUUGAUGUAACAUUCCUGCAGAUGUUUGACUUUAAUUCAAAUAAAAUAAUGUAUCUCA